CCGCUCUCUCAGUUGUAUCACUCUGGGCCUAGCUAGUUACUGUGAGCCUCCACCAAGAAAGAAGCAGAAUAUCGUCAGCAGAACAGCUCUGAAAGUCUGUUUCAACAAGAAAACUACAAAUGAAGCCCCUUGCUGACAAUGGCAGAAGACAACCUGCUGAGACUCCUGACCUGUGCAGUUCCAGCUCGGACCAGCAGAACCUUGCAUGUCCCCACAUAAAGAAGGAAGAGGAGGAACGGUGGGUCAGUCGGGAGGGAGAGCAGCUUACCGUGAAGAGGGAAGAGGAGGAGAAACCUCAGUUGUCAGAACUUCGUCACAUCAGAAGUGAAGCUGGCAGACAGAACGAAGCUCCAACUCUCCGUUCAGCUAAACAGAUGAAAACCGAACCUUAUGUAUCAGAACCACACUGGAAGUCAGAUCCAAAUACUCCUUUACAUCCAAAUAGUGAAAAGUAUUCUUCAGACUCUCCUGAGACUGAUGAUGAUGAUGAUGAUGAUGAUGAUGACGACAACAAUCUGUCAGGUUCAGGAUCGGAAAACAAAGACAGUGAUGAAGAAUGGGGGGAAACCAGAAUUCGUCAGCCAGGUGUAAACAGGAAACCGGGAGGUAAAACUGCCCAGAAAUCCUUCAGCUGUUCUGAGUGUGGUAAACAGUUUGUGAGGAAGCAGAUGUUCCAGAAACACAUAACAGAUCAUUCAGAAGAUAGGGCUUCCAGGCGUUCGGUUGAGAAGAAACCCUCAAGAAGAAAGCAGGGCGUCGAUUCGCAGAUGGGACUCAAAGCUGGCAGAAAAUCUUUCUCUUGUGAAAGUUGUGGCAAAACCUUUCAGAAACAAUCUGCUCUCAGGUCUCAUAUGAGAAUCCAUCGUGGCGCACAAACACUCUUUUGUGCAGAUUGUGGAAGGACCUUUCGCCAUCACCAUCAUUUUGAGUGUCACCUGAGAAUCCACACUGGAGAAAAACCCUUUGCCUGCGAAAAAUGCGGUAAAAGAUUUAGCCAGAAAUAUUGUCUUACCGUUCACAUGGCAUCCCACACAGGAAACAAACCCUUUGCGUGUGAGCUAUGUGACAAAAAGUUUUCCACAAACGGAGCCCUGAGGACGCACGCGACCAUCCAUAAAGGAGAGAAACCAUUUGCAUGCAGCGAGUGCAACAGACGCUUCAGACUCAAAGGCGAUCUAAAAGCCCACAUGAUAACCCACUUAAAAGUGAAACCCUUUGGCUGUGGUUAUUGCGGCACCAGAUUUACUUAUAAAGGAAGUCUGCUCCAGCAUGUUAGGAUCCACACCGGGGAGAACCUGGUGUCGUGUGAUAAGUGUGGUAGGAAGUUUUUCCGGAAGGAUCACCUCCUAAAACACAUGCUGGUUCAUGCAAAAAAGGAGAAAUCUGGAAAGGGGAGCUUUGCCUGUAAGGAAUGUGGAAAGAGGUUUGUUCAGAAGUCGCAUGUAAAAAGACACAUGGUUGUUCACACCGGGGAAAAACCAUUCAGCUGCGACCAUUGUUUGCAUAAGUUCACGCGACUGGAAACGCUGAGGAUGCACAAACUGAGAUUUCACAGUAAAUAGGGACUGCUUGCUGUGAGAACUUCAGAAAGAUUUACUGUGAAAUAGGGAUGCAAAACUGGCUGUUGUAUUGUAUUUGUUCUUGUUUUAUUGGCUGUUUUAUUUUACUUGUUCUUUUGUACUUCCUAUAGUAAUUUUUAAGAAAUUAGAUUUUUGGAAAUUUUUAUAUUUGUAACUGUUUUUUACUGUAUGUUUUUAAUGUGGACCCCAGGAACACUAGCUGUUUGCCAUGGCAACAGCUAAUGGGGAUCCUUAAUAAAAAUUACAAUUACAAACAAAUAAUCGACUUAUGUUUAAUUGUCGAUUAAUGGUUAAUUGGAUUAAAGUUUGUUCCACCCGAUUAACUGAAGAAAAACACAUGAUGCUUAAAACACUGUUGAAGGUGUGGGAUUUUGUGGGGAUUUUUCAUUUUUCAUACAUUUUAUUCGCAUCAACUUAUUUGUUUCUAUUCAGUAACUUAAUAGGUUUCUGUGAUGUUAUAUUUUAUAAAUUUGUCCAAGUUUAAUAAUGUGAGAAAA